AUGUUCCCUUCUUCCCGUGCUGCUCCCCCCCUCCCUUCCCCCUGCUCCCCCCCUCCCUCCCCCCUGCUUCCCCCCUCCCUCCGCCUUGCUUCCCCCCUCCUUAUGCCUUGCUCCCCCCCCCCCCCCCCCUUUUGCCCUGCUUCCCCUCUCCCUCCGCCCUGCUUCCCCCCUCCUUCUGCCAUGCUUCCCCCAUCCCUCUAUUCUGCUUUCCCCCGCCCCCAACCCUCCUCUCUCGUGCACACCCUUUGCCUCUCCACUCCCUCCUGCUCCUGCUCCUUUCAUCCCACCUGCCAGGAGCACUCAGGGAGUGAGAGUGAGAGCGUGGAGGAGGACGAGGAGGAAGCAAGGAUGCGUCACACUCCUGCCCGUCGUGUGGCUGACGCUACUUGUCGAAGGCGCCCGUUCGCAUCGCGUCGAGUUGCUUCUCCCCCCCACCCUCUUCCCUGCUUCUCCCCAUGCUCUUCCUUGAAUCCCCCCAACUCCUGCCCUGCUUCCUUUCACCCUCCCCUCCAGCUUCCUUACCCCCCUGUCCCGCUUCCUCCCACCUUCUGCCCUGCUUUCCUCCAGGGCAGAAGCUCACUCCAGGAGGACGACCUAGAAGCCUCGCACCAGGGAGACGAUAGCAAGCGCGAUUACAUUGCUUGCUGUGUGAUUAUCGCACGGGCGCAUUCACAUCUUCGCAGGUAG